GGCCGAAGCGAACCCCUUAUUCUAUUCCUUCAUCCGUUGCUCUUCUUCUUCUCGAAGUUGAGAAAAACCCGCCCAAAAAGGGCCCCCCUUCUCACAGAUAAAUCAUCACUCAUCAAGAAGAAAAGGGAAAAAAAAAAGCAACUCCGAAAGGCGAAUACCAUGACGAAGAUCAACGCCCUACGACGGUUUCUUCUCGCUUGCAUCCACCCGGCCUCUACUUCUCCAGUCCACCCCUCCACCACCACCGCCACCGCCACCCCCAAGAAACGCCUCAGCACCUCCCUCCGUGACGACCUCGACGACCCACAUUCCCAGCACCACGAUAACCAAGUCGAAGAAGACUCCUCUGAGCCUCCCACCCCAACCACCAUCGCUCCGCCGUCCGCUCCACCGCGCCCCUCCAAGACAAUGGUUAUCGGCACCAUCUUUGGCCACCGUCGGGGCGGUCACGUCUGGUUCUGCGUCCAACACGACCGCCUUAAUACUAAACCCGCCCUCCUCCUCGAGCUUUCCAUCCCGACCUCCACAUUGAUCCAAGAAAUGCGUUGCGGCCUCGUCAGAAUCGCUCUCGAGUUCAAGGACGACUCCCCGGAGUCGGAGCUCAGUCGCUGCCCUCUCCACUCUGUCCCAGUCUGGACUUUGUUCUGCAACGGCAGGAAACUCGGGUUCGCCGUCCGCCGGAAGGCCACUGAUCAGAAUCGACUCAUGCUGAAGACCAUGCAGUCCACAACCGUGGGGGCGGGUGUGAUCCCAUCCGGGUUUGGAUCAGGACCCGGAUCCGGGUCCGAGGAGCUCAUGUACAUGAGGGCCAACUAUGAGUGUGUGAUAGGGAAUGCGGACUCGGAGUCGUUUCAUCUAAUCAACCCGGAUGAUGGGCCGGGUCAAGAACUCAGCAUCUUCUUGCUGAGAUCAAGGUGACGGAAUCACGUGAAACCUGAGAUUCAAGAGAGGUGCAUUAUGGAGAUUUCCCUUGCUCUCUAGGUACUUGUUGGAGGCAUUUAACUGAGGAAGCCAAGCGGCGAAUGGGAUGCCUGCAUGAACCAUCGUUACAUUAUUGUGG